UAGAACUAACAAAUCAAAAUUAGACACCAAGAACUAUUUCUAUGUGGGCAGUUACAAAAAGAGGAGCAAUAUAUUGAAAAACUUGACAUUUAUUUUUUGUUUUAUUAUCAAAAAAUCAACUCAAGGAAGCUUGCAAACAUUUAGGGACAAAAAGAAUAACGGAACUUGUUCUCUUCAUGGUCAAUUGUUGUGUUUCUCCUGUACCUCAAGAGCUAUUAGACUGGAAAAGUUCUGGAACCUGAGGCUCAGAGAAGAUAAGUCACUUGCUUAGAGUCAUAUAGCUACAGCUCUUUCUAGGAAUGCUUUCAGAAGCUUACCUCUUUGGAAUUGCCUACUGGUCUGACAACCACCUCACUUCUACUCCUAGUGAUAAACAGGUUGCUGAGGAGAAGGCAAUGGAGAUGAACUCUACCAGUAGUUUCCCCUGUUCAUCUGCAGAUGAAGCACAAAGCAAAAGUCUUCACUGGAGAUGCAAGUCUCCUGGAAAUUUUAUUUCUUCAGUCCAUUCAAGAGAAAGUCAACAGAGCAGGAGACAAAAAGUGACAGUGCUGGAAUCAAGUCACAAUCCUCAAUUUGAAUGUCAAACUUCUGCUGGGGCUGAAGACUGUGGAGACUCCGAUAUGAGCAGAGAAACCUAUUUGGUUCCUCCUUCCUGUAAAAGUAUUUGCAAGAAUUACAAUGAUUUACACAUUGCUGGAGGCCAAGUCAUGGCCAUCAACUUAGCUGCAACAGAUUCUACCUUGGAGAGCAGCUUUGAAUUUGGCCCACUAUUGAAAUCUUCAGAAAUUCCUUUGCCUAUGGAGGAAUCUAUUUCAACUCAAUUGAGUGAUUUGCCUUGCAAACCCCUUCAAAGACACUCAUCUUACUGGAGAAUAACCAGCAUCAAGGACAAAAGUAUUAUGCCACUUCAGAAGCCUCUUUCCAAUGCCAUGCUGAAUGAAUAUUUGGAGCAGAAGGUAAUGGAGUUGUAUAAACAGUAUUUCAUGGACACUGUAUUUCAUGACAGUUCUCCUAUACAGAUUCUGGGCUCAGAGCUCAUCAUGACAAGUGUGGAUCAAAUCAGCCUACAGAUAUCUCGGGAGAAAAACUUGGAGGCCAUGAAGGCCAAGGAUAUGGUUAUUAACUGCCUCUUACGACUAGUCUCCACUGAAAUCAGCACUCCUAGUCUGCAUAUUUCGCAAUCUAGCAAUGUGAAUCUAUGAAAAAGAUAUCUUAAUUCCUCUUACAGUUAAACUCAAAGCUGUAUUUUAUUUAUUUUUUUUUUCGGAAGGAAGAGAACAGGUAGUAGGAGUGAAAGGUUCACAUCAUGGAGUAGUUACGUAUAAAGUGUCUCAGAGAUGUGGACUGAAGGGCAAAAGUAAAAUGAAGAAAGAAUACCAGGAAAGCAUAAUGAACUAUUUUAAAGAACAAGGACAGCAACCAAACAAGAUAAAAACAACUGAACAAAAGAGAAAAUAAGCGUCAGGCUCAUAUACUAUUUCAAAAGAAAGAAAAUUACAAAUUACAAAAAAGUGUUCUCAGUUUCCAAGUUAAAGAAUUAUCUGUUUGUAUAUUGCCUAGGAAGAUUUUCUGGUGGGAAAGGGUGUAAGAGAGGGCAUUGGAAAGCAUAGAAAAGUAUAGAAAACUGCUAGUAAGGGAGUAGCCUAACACUGUAUUUAUUGCAGAAAGAAAGAAAGAAAGAAAGAAAAGGAAAAAAAAAACAUUCCUGGGCAGGUUCAAAUUUUCCAAAUUAUGAGAAUGGGUAUAUUUAUAUUUGUGCUUGUGUUUUUUUUUCACCCUUAUUUUAUCAGAAAAUCACUUAAAGGACCAGUCAUCUAGAACAUAUUUUUUAGAUGAAGGGAAAUUUAUGUGUUGUUUUUUCUCUAUGUGGAUGAUUACUUCAGCACAAGUAUGUGAGUAAAUCAUAUUCCCACAUGUAAGUCUCUGAAAAAAAGAUUAUCAAAAAGUGAAAGAAUUGUGACAAUCUGAAACUUCAAUUUAACUUUGAUAAGCAGAUUUAGAGCUGAAAUAGUACACAGAAGUCAUCUAGUCUAUUGCACAGAAGUCAUCUAGUCUAUUGCUUUCAUUUCGCAUAUGAGGUAACUGAGGCCUGGAGAGGUUCAAAGACUUGCACAGAGUGUGACAGAGUUUACACAUGAUGAUAGCAUUUGGAUUCAAACCCUGCCCUUUGACUCCAGAUCCCACACACUUUCCAUGUACCAUAUUGCCUUGGGGAUACUAUGUUUUUAUUAAAGAACAUAACUGGUUGUAUUGUCACCCUGAAAGCCUCCAAUACACACACACACACACACACACACACACACACACACAUACGUAUCCCACAGGAGCCAAGAAUAGAUUUGCCAAACCACUCUUACUUGUAAAGUUAUAGAUUCUGAAAUUAAGUGAUAUCCCUGCUGGUUUAAGUCUGAUCCUGUAAUACGUAAUUGCUAGUUUUUUUUUUUUUUUAACAAACAUACAGUUUUUGAAAUCUGUGUCUGAAAUAUUAAAGAAAUGUGGCAUGUGUAACUUUUCCACAAGUAACAAUAUUGACUUUGUAUAUUUUAAUAACACUUUCAGAACUUUUUAGUGACACCAUACAUUAGAAAAUAAUUUGUUUUACACACACAUUUGUUUUACACACGCAACUCUCCUUUCAAUGAGUGCUUUGCAAGAGCUGUGGUUUAUUUUACAGUGUAGCAGGAAACAGAGCCAGUGUAGAUAAGGAUGUUGAGGCAUCAGACCUCUUAGCUAUAAAGUAUCAGAAUUACUUUUAUUUAGAAAAUUUUAAGAAAUAUUUAGAAAGCUACAUAUAAAAAUCUAAAGCAUGACUGUCACAUCACCUGACAGCUACAUAAAAGAAACUGUAACAUUGAACAAAAUGCACUUGAAAUUAUGCUUCUCUAGUGGGAGCCACAGAGUUGGGCCUGGUGACCCAGCAACCAUAAUAUCAAAUGAUCUUAUCUUAGGCUCAGGAGAAUACAUAUCAAGGCUACUUCAAGAAAGUGAAGAGAAACCUAUAAAAGAUAUCCAGGCAUCUAUAUGAUUUUCCUGGCUCACUGGUUGAUCCAAGACAACCUGUCUCAAAUUCUGAACUAUCAUCAGGAAAUCAUGUUUACCUCGGGGACUCCUGGGGCAAGUAACUUAAGAAGAAAGUUAUGACUCUCACCUCUGUAAGAAUCCUAUGACUAGAGCUGAGUUACAUGUGGGCAACUGAAGGGAACAAGGAUAGGGGCUAGUGCUUGGACAGCCCCUGAUACCUCUGCCAUUACCUCAGGGAUGACUGAGAAGAGUGGGGAUAAACAACGUAAAUAAAGGACUACAGAAUCGAAAGGGAUAAGACAUUGAAAUGGACCAAGGGGAUUUGCUGAUAACUCUCCAAGUAUUCUAACCACUCCAGGGUCUCGGGCGAGAGUCAUAUGAUUGUAAUAAAAUUUACAAGACACUCUGCAUGCUUAAA